AUGAUCAUGUUUCGCAAAUUCCGAGUGUUACUCCUCACGGUGUUUCUUGUGGCGUGCACGGUGCACAUUAUGAUUGACUUGCUGCCCAAACUGGAGAAAGGGACAUCGGGAGCGGACGGCGGCUGCCAGUGCGCCCACCACGCCGGCGUGGAUGCACCGGGAUGGGCCAAACUGCGCGUCAGGUCGGCGGCCGAAGCCGGCGCUUGGCCCAAUAAGCACACCCUGCGAAUCUUGCAGGAUUUCAGCAGCGAACCCAACUCUAACCACACGGCGUUGCAGUCUCGGGAGAAGAGCGCAGAGACGUCCCGAAGGGGGAGGAUCCCAGCCGGGGAGGCGGAAGAGCACAAGCCGCUUAUCGGCGAAGCGAGCGGGGGUCGAACGGUGGCUGGAGCCGGUGAACCCCGGUUAAGGGCUCUCUUUGAGCAUCCGUUGUAUAAGAUUGGACUGCCGGCUCUGACGGAAAGAGACACUUUGUUUAACGUCAACACGGAUAUCAGGUUUUAUCCUAAAACAACCGACCAACAAGGAUGGCCAACUGAGGACCGCAACGGGCAAGAUGAUGAGAACGCGCGAGCGGCAGCAGUGACUGCUGAGUCGUACCCCAACUGGCUGCGUUUCCACAUCGGGAUCAACCGAUACGAACUGUACGCCAGGCACAACCCGGUGCUGGAUGCCCUUCUUCAAGAUUUGGUGAUGCAGAAGAUCACCAGUGUUGCCAUGAAAUCGGGAGGAACGCAGCUCAAGUUGAUCAUGACCUUCCAGAACUACGGCCAAGCUUUGUUCAAACCCAUGAAGCAGACGCGCGAGCAGCAAACCCCUCCAGACUUCUUCUACUUUUCCGACUUUGAGAGGCACAACGCUGAGGUCGCUGCCUUCCACUUGGACCGGAUUCUGGACUUCCGGAGGGUUCCCCCAGUGGCAGGACGGCUGGUGAACAUGACGCGAGAGAUCCGAGACGUGACACGUGAUAAAAAGCUGUGGAGGACUUUUUUCAUCUCACCAGCCAACAACGUGUGCUUCUAUGGCGAAUGCUCCUACUACUGCUCCACCGAGCAUGCGCUUUGCGGCAAACCGGACCAGAUUGAAGGCUCCCUUGCCGCCUUUUUGCCUGACCUCAAUUUGGCCAAACGCAAGACGUGGAGAAACCCGUGGAGGCGCUCCUACCAUAAACGCAAGAAGGCUGAGUGGGAGGUAGAUCCAGAUUACUGUGACGAGGUAAAGCAGACGCCUCCGUAUGACCGUGGAACUCGACUCCUAGAUGUCAUGGACAUGACCAUCUUUGACUUCUUGAUGGGUAACAUGGAUCGCCAUCAUUACGAAACCUUUGAGAAAUUCGGAAACGACACCUUCAUUAUUCACCUUGACAACGGAAGAGGGUUUGGAAAACACUCCCAUGAUGAGUUGUCAAUUUUAGUUCCUCUCAGUCAGUGCUGCAGGGUGAAAAAGUCCACCUUCCUCCGUCUCCAACUACUAACUAAGGAAGACUACCGUCUGAGCGCGCUAAUGGAGGAAUCCCUCCUCCGAGACCGUCUGUCCCCCAUCCUCAUCCGACCUCACCUGCAAGCCAUGGACCGCCGUCUCGGACUAGUUCUGCGGACGCUGGCUGACUGCGUGGCAAAGGAAGGCUACGCCAACGUAGUGGACGAAGACUUGGAUGGCGAGUCGCGCCCUGCUCACAGGUAG